AUGGGCGUCGCAACCAUCAAGGUGAAAUCGCAAGAAGAAAAAGCAGCAGCAGCAGCCCCAACAACAGCAGCAGGCGAAAGACGCCAACGACGGAGGCGGAAGGAAGCCGGCAAGCGCAAGAAGCGGAAGACGCCGCGGGCAGCGCGACGUCGCUGGCGUCGGCCUGGUCGAGAGCGCGCGCGCACGGGAGGAAGGAGAUCACGUCGAAGCUGGAGGGCGUGCUCACCUGCAAGGAGAGCAGUAGCGGCGCCGCGCGGCGGUGCGCCCCGGGCACAGCAGCAAGCAGCUCGAACCGGGAGCGGGCGGCGUCCGCGCGCGGCGCGGCCCGAGCGCAAAACGCUCGGAGCUGCUCCAUCGCCAGCCUGCGGCCCACGCACGCGCCGCCGCCUUCCCCGCCUGAGUCCCGCCCCCGCCCGCAAUACGCCGGGAGGACUUCCCCUCCUUGGGCUGCCCGCCGGCUUCUUGGCGCCCCGUCCUCCGCGCAGCUGCCGCCGCCUCCAACCGCCUUCCUCCGGGUUCGGCGCGGCCCCCGCCCCACCACACCACCUCCUCCACCCCACCACCAGUGCCGCCGCGCCGCGCCGCCGCCGCGGCCCGCCGCCGGGCUCAGCAGCGCUCACGCUCAACUCGGUUGCGCGCGCGCCCGCGCCGCCGCGGCGCACGGCCUCACCUUCACCAGCAGCAGCGGCCGCUCCUACCCCAUCCUGCCCCGCCCGCGCCCGCCGGCCGGCGCCCUCACCCCAGCCCCGCCCCCGCCCCCCCCCCGCGGCCGCCGCCGCCGCAGCCCGUCGGCCCCGCCGCGACGCCGAAGCGCCGCAACCAUGCGCUAUGUUGGCGCGCGUGCGCCGCGCCGUGCCCCUCGACGACUUCCUGCAGCUGUCGGCGCUGUACCGGCAGGGCGCGUUGCCCGCCGCCACCUUCCGCUCGCACUGCCGCCACCUCCUGGGCGAGGAGGCCUUCGCCGACGUCUUCCCGGAACUGCUGGCGCUGCUGCCGGACAUCGCCAAGCAGCAGGUGAGCAGCGGCUCGCGCUCCCCGCCGGAGUUAAUGGCUGCACAUGAAGAAGAGGAAGGGCCAGGCAGUUUACCUAUCCAAGUCUGUGCCUCAUGUGGACAGGUGCUUGCCUCAGGUGAUUUAAGACAUCAUCAGGCAUCACACCGCCUGGAGAACCACUUUGCUUCAACAACAUUGGACAAGGCCUCUACCACCGUAGCCAGUGCUUGGGACAGCCGCAAGUGACUGGUCUAUUGCUCACUGCCCAAGGCAAAUGUUGCCUGACCUGAGUUACCUUGAGCUAUUUUUGUAUCUUUGAUAAUGUGGAGGCCUGCUCAGUAAGUGACAUGUGAUUGUUCCACUGUCUUCACUGAGAAAAUGAUUGUUUCAGUGCCAGGGCUGGCACUGUAGAAGGGGAAACUGUGGUGUUACGUGUAAGCUUGUACAGCCAAUUAAACUUGUACAGUAUCCACUUUGUGUUUUGAUAUAAUCACAGAGCCAUAUUCCUGUCCUACCCUAAUUAACUUCCUUGUACCAAAGACCUACCAGAGCUUUACAGAUAAACAUUGCUAUCUUGGCAUACAUUUAAUACCCAAUUUUAAUCAAACAAUUUUUUCCUUGAGCUUGUUGCCUUCUUAGCAGGGGAUAUGUGUUAUAAUUUAAGAAACCUCUAUGUCUCAAUUUUUGCCAUGGAAUAUCGAGAUAUUGAGUAAAAUCACAUAAUCUCUUAAAAUGCUUGCAGUUCUUACUUUACACAGGAAGAUCUCUAAACAUCAAAAUGAAUUGCUUGAUUUGUCUCAAAAGAACAUAAUUACUGUACAAAUUAAAUAACGUAAAAGAACCUCAAGAAAAUCACAUGUGGUUGUAUAUUGCCUUGGCUAGUGCAAUGUGUGAAUAUUACCUUGAUAUUUCAACUAGACUUGUCUUACAAAAAAAUAUUUGAUGUUCUUGUUAUAUAUAAUGGUGCUACUAUUAACCCAGAAAUCAAGAUAAAUUAUGAUAAAUACUUGGAAUCAUGCUUUUGUGGUGAUGCAUAUUCUUCGGCAAUUUUGGAUCUAAAUAGCAGUUUAUGCUAUGGAAACCAUUUCCUGUAGGUACAAGUCUGGCUGGUAUAAUGUCCUGGAGAGGAAAGCAUGCUUUCUAAUGUAUUUCAUAUGUUAAUAAAUGCUACAAAUUUUAAUGUA